UUAUAUUUUCGAUUUUUCCGAAGUUACAAUUUAAAGAAUCUUGCUUUCUGCCAACUGCGAGGCUACCCCCCACCUAUGUGGUACUAUUUAUUCUCUUUGUGAAGAGAAACGGAAGAAGGGAAAGCAAAGAAACAGAAACCAUGCCAUCUCCAUGUCCAUCUCCAAAGCAUGAGAUCCAAGCUGUAUCUUCUUCAAAGGAAGAUGAUUCAACUGAUAAUUGUAACAACAUCACCAACAAUUACUUCGAUAUCUAUGGACCACAAGCAAAAGCUGAAAUUGUUUUUAAGAUGCCAGAAGCUAAUCAAACUUUGAAUUUGGAAGACGUUCAAGGGCUUGUAACCUGGGUGCUUGCUGAAGGGUUCAUGCCGUCAUGGGUAUUUAUUAAGAACAAGCCUCUCAUUCCAAAAGUGGCUAUGCUUUUCAUCCCUGGCCUGGAUGCAUCAUUAUAUUUAUCACACUCUAAGUUACUAGCUAGUUUUAAAGAAUACUGCAGCAAUCCAAGGGCCCUUUUAGCACUGAGCUGUGUAUCAGAUGUAAUGCAAACAGUUGAUGCACUUCUAACAUGCAAGAUGAAGAGAAAGAGAGAUAGAGCUGAUUCAUUUUCAAGGAAAUCUAUGCAGACAUCUGAACAAGGGGAUUUAUCAUCAAUUGAACUCAUGAAAGACCUACCUUUCCCACCGACAUAUUAUACACUUACUACUAAACAACUUGAAGAAAAUGAUUAUCCUAUUAGUCAACCAGGUUUUGUUUCUACCCUUCCUGCACCUUCAGGUUCUUCUGCUUAUGAUAUGCUGGCACUUGAUUGUGAAAUGUGUAUCACGAAGGAGGGCUUUGAGUUGACAAGAGUGACAGUGGUGGAUGUUAAAGGACAGGUUGUACUGGAUAAAUUGGUUAAACCAUCAAACCCUAUCAUUGACUACAAUACCAGGUUUAGUGGAAUUACAUGUGAGAUGCUGAAUGGGGUACCUACAAGCCUUAAAGAUGUUCAGGAAGAUUUCUUAAAGCUGGUUCACAAAGAAACUCUCCUGAUUGGCCACUCCUUGGAAAAUGAUUUGUCAGCUCUAAAAAUCUCUCACGGAUUGGUAAUUGAUACUGCUGUGCUAUACAAGCAUCCCCGAGGUGGAUCUUAUAAAACUGCUCUUAGAGUUCUUGCCAAGAAAUUUCUUUCUAGAGAAAUACAGCAAUCAGGGGAUGGACAUGACAGUAUUGAAGAUGCAAGAGCAGCUAUGGAACUAGCAUUGUUAAAGAUUAAAAAUGGACCUGAUUUUGGUUCUCCUCCAUCAUUUGUACGGAGAAAACUCCUCACUAUUUUAAGUGAGUCUGGUAAAGCCUCCUCUGUUAUUGAUGAUGUUUCCAUAGUGAAGCGGUAUGCUUCUGAGUCAUCUCAUGCAUUUCCUGUGUCUUCUGAUGAUGAUGCACUCUCAAAGGCCCUUAAAGAGGUGAAGAAUGAUCGUGUACACUUUGUCUGGACCCAGCUGUCAGAGUUGAAUUCUUAUUUCAAGAAGCAAGCAGAUGAUGAAGGGAAAGUAAAUGCUAAACUGGCCGAGAUGAUAUCUUUGCUAACAUGUCAAAAGAAAUCUGCAAAUACAAAAGGUGUCAGGUGCAGUAUGACAUCUGAACUAAAGGAAAUUCUUAUUAGGAUGGAUGCAAGGGUGCGUUGUCUAUAUUCUGCAUUGCCGACUAACACAAUGCUCAUAAUUUGCACUGGACAUGGAGAUACAGCAAUUGUUAGAAGACUGCGGAAACUGCUCACAGAAAAGCAAGAAACCAGGAUAUGCCGUGAGAAGAUUGUAAAGGUCUUGGAAGAACUUCAGGCCCAAGCUGAAGUAGCAUUGUGUUUUGUAGGUGUGAAGAACUGAAUAGUGAAUAUCUGCUAAAUAUAUACUUCGGCAGUAUUCUCUCUGCUAAUGCCACCAGGACUAAUUUUAGUACCAGCUUUUCACAAUUUUGGCGGAAAAUAGUCAUUCAUUGAAUGGUUAAGAAAUGUUGUAAAUUUUAAGAUGUAAACAUGUGUUAAUGCUAAUAGAAAAUUUGUGCAAUUUUCUUUUCUAAA